AGUUAAAUUGGAGCCCAAAAAUUUCGAACUCUAUUGAACUCCAGUCUGGUAAAGAGAAACAAAAUCCAAUUCAAUAGCUAAUUGUCGAGGAUGAUUUAUCCGGGGAGGAGAGUGACGGUGAUCGAGAACGAGACUGAGCAGCAAGUGGAGCUCACAGUUACCCUCUUCCCAACUCACCGUGUUCACAAGAGGAUUUCCAUCGCUCCGGGCACCUCUACUGAAGUCGCCGCCACCGGGUUCUGCUACGCCCCCAGCAAUCCUGAUCGCCCUCCGAUGAUCUCCGUCUCCGUCGACGGCUCUUCCUCAGGCAAGCUCUUGACGCGCCGCCACUUCAUCACCUAUGGGAAGAUAAUUGUGGCCAGAGGCCCGGACGGAGGCCUCCUGAUCUCCGGCGUCAAGGCGCGAUGGACAGAUCUCGGCCGGAUCAAGGGCUUUGGUUGUAUCUUUGGAAGAAGCUACGAUGGAAACAGAGGAUCGGACAUCAUCGGAUAAAUCAAUCCAGGGGAUUUUAAAAAAAUGAAAAUAUUUACCAAAAAAAAAAAAUGAAAAUAUGACCGUUCAAAAAAUAUUUUCAAAUCUACCAUAUUUAAAAAAAUAUUUUUUUUUUUCAAAAUCUCAUUGAUACGCAGUGGACUUGUAUCAUAUGUAAUUAAUUAUGAAUUACCAUUGUAAAUAUUACGGAAGUGAUGUUAUAACUGUGAUAUUGUAAUGUCACUUGUAUAUAAUACUUUAUUGUAAGUUAUCACUUCCAAAUGCAAAUAUAUCAUAAUUUAUUGUAAAUAUGUCAUAUUUCUUGUUUCUUGUAUAUCAUACUUUAUUGUAAGUUAUCACUUCCAAAUGCAAAUAUAUCAUAAUUUUUUUU